AUGUUUGUGUACAAGUGGAAGGUCAGUGAUAUUAUCAAAGGUACAGCACUUGUGAAACAGAUUGGAAAUUGUACAGUCACUGAUGAUGAAGGUAAGCGUUGGCUCGUCAAAGUUUUGUCCCAGUCUUUAUUCACUCAAAGUGUCGGGAUAACUACUUCAAAGCUGAACUUGUUAUUCUGAAAUGCACUUCAGAAUGUAGUAUUUAAAUUGCAUUCAGAUGGACUGCCAGACCUAAGCCUAAAUUUGAAUAAACUACAUUUUUCUUUUCAUUGCAAAGUUUGAACAGUUGUAAAAAACAUGUUGCUCAACUGAAUAAUAAUACUCAGUUGAGCAGCAUUGUGUUUGAUUUAUUUAAUGUUUUCAAACAAAGAAAAGAAAAAGUUAGUUUAAAAACGGGUAAUUUUAAGCAUUGGUCUGGCAGUUUGGUUGGGAAGAUGUCAAGUUGCACAUACCACUGGAAGCAAAUAAUAAUAUUAGAUGAUCCCCAUGACUGUCUUUGAAAAAGUCUUUUCCAAAGUUACUUCUUCGGUAUCAUGUAGUCAUGUUUGAAAUUUAAUGCUGCAUCAGGAAAUUUCAUGCUUUAAUUGUACAGAGGAUGAAAAAUAAAUGUUUCAGUUCUUGCUAUUUAGGUUACAAAGUUGUUUUAACCAAGGUUAAUUCUCAAAUUCCUAUGACUCCUAACCCUUUAUUCAUUAUUCAUAAUCCUGAGUAAUGACAAUCAGGAGACAGAGGAAAUAUUUUGAUAAUCAAAUAAGCUAGAUUUAUGACAUAAAUGUACCAUAUUUUUUUGGCUAAAAGAGGCGGCAUUUUUUCAAUGAAAGUUUGCGUAAUAGCUCUAAAUCUGUUGUAAUUUCAGGGUGAGUGUUUUGAUAGGGGGGAUUUUUUCGCUUUUCAUCAAAAUAAUAACUUUUUCACUUUUGUUCAGAUAGGUGAAAGACGUAGUUAGUGACCUUGGAAAGCAUGUUGUUGUAGUUAAGGUGAACACUGCCAAAAUUGUGGUUGCUCCUUGUAGCCGAGUAUUUUAACUUGUUCUUUAGUUUCUUAACUUGAAAAAAUUGUGUUGAAAUGUUUAGGGAGCAUCUUAUAACCAAGUGGGCCUUAUAACCGAGAUAAACCAGUAUUAAAAUUUCUAAGAGAAUGAUGGUCGUGCUGAAUUGUUGUUUUAUUAUGUUGUUGCUGUUGUAAUUUAUUGCCUUAUUGAGAUCUCAUUUAAAAAACUUUCAGGACAUGUGAGGGGUAUAUCAAGUUAUCAGCAAAAUCCUGAGAAAGCUGGGAAGUCAUUAGAAAAUUGUAUUAAAAACACGGCAAAGAAGCUUAUUCCAUCAUAUGAACAUAAAACGUCUCCAAUUUACUUAGGAGCUACUGCAGGGAUGAGACUGUUAAAGUAAGAUUUAAAAAAUGCCUUGUUAAUUGUACUUAUAGAGAGAUUUAUACGUAUUAUUUUUAUAUAUUUAGUUUUUGUUAGGGCGCAUUAGAUAAUAUUUAAAUGUUAUUUUGAGCCUUGCAAAUAAUAAAUUAUUAUUAUUCAUUAUUAUUAUUAUUACUGAUAUUCCUGCAAGGCUUUGCUCCAAGAAAAAUUGAGGGAAGCUCUGUGCUCUGAACUUGCAAGUAAAAUCCAACUUGCCCAGCAUAUGAUUUCUAUGAAAAAAAAAGUAAGAUUUUUUAGUUGCUCAGGAGCAGAAGUUAGGCACCAGGGGCCACCAUGGACACUGCAUAAGCACAGCCUUGACCAGGUAGGGGCGGGGGGGAUGGCUAUACAGGUUAUACAGGUAAAAUUAACAUAUGUGUGGCUAUGAAGGGUGGGACUAUACAGGCAUUUUUGUUUGCAUUGGGAUGCAGAAUUCAGAUUUUUUUUCUAGAACACCUGGGUCUCAUCAGGGGGACCUUGUUUUGGUGGUGGACUAUAUGUUCUUUAUUUGCUGAAGUCUAGACUAAAAAGACUCGACCGCGAUUUCCUGUAUCGGCAGAUUUUGGUUCAAGUUACCUUUUACAAAAAGUUCCGGAAAAUCUGGGUAGAAAGUAAAUGGAACACGACUAUUUGGGUCAUUCCAGGGAUAAUUUCCGGCAACAACGGAACGUCUGAUAAGGCUGUCCUCUUUUUCCGGAGAGAAUGUUCCAAACGGAAAUUCGUGGUCCAUUUCUUCAAAGUCAUCUUUGACACCAGUUUCAGGCCUUCGCGGUCGUUUUUCGGUAAAUGGAACUGAUUCGUACAAAUGAUAAACAAGAUUCCGGAAUGAAAUUUACCAGUCUUGAAUUUUGCUUAUCAUUCACCCAAACCGUGAACCGACCGGUUUGGCCGUGUAGAUGGUAAACAACCUUUAUCACAUGUUUUCCCCCUAAGAAACCACGUGCGACAUGGCUUUAUCCCAUCAGCAAAGAUGGCGUGUAUCGUGAAUAAGGUCUGCUGCAGUUGAACAUGGCCUGGUAGCCUGGUAUAGGAAAAGCGUUCCGGAGUCCGACCUUCACACCCCUUCCCCAAUAAUUCGCAGAGUUUUCCCCCCCCCCCGCCCCGUAGUAAUAUACAUAUACUCAAAGUCUUCAUAGUAAAAUAGGGGGUUCAUUUUAAGUAUAUAUUAAUGUUGAACUUUUGUGCAAUUUACAGUGAGACUGAUUCAUCAGCAGCCAAUAAAAUCAUCAGUUCGGUUCGGCAAACACUAGGGAGUUCUCCUUUCAUGUUUGAAGAUAAUUAUGCACGAAUAAUCAGCGGUGAAGAAGAAGGAAUUUCAUCUUGGGUCACUGUAAACUACUUGAAUGAUGCAUUGGUUAAUUCAAAGGUAUUUGAUGAUAGCCUGCACGUGCCUUUUUACCCUACUACAAAGUAAGGCGAACUUUUUCUUUGAUUUUAGUAAGAAUCGUUGAUGAUUUGAGAAACUGUGCCAAUUCCCACAAGAGAAUUGUAUUGGGUUUCUAUACACCACAGAGUUAUCAAAAGACUCAAAAGAGUACCUCGUUUCUUCAAUUCAAUCAUCGUUUGAUUAACUGUCCUCAGACGAAGCUACAUGCUUCUUGUUCGCCAACAGUUUAUAAGACAGACACCGUCGAUACCGGUCCAAAGUAUCCGCAUAAGAGAGGCGUCCACUUUGUACGAAGUAAAAAAUAUUAGUCAGGAACUAACUCUAGGCGAACCCCCUAGGAAGGUAUCUCCCUCCUUACCGGUCGUUUCGCUGUAUAUUGAAGUCGUAUCGCAGCAGAGUCUUUUCCCAUCAAUUUUGGACAAAUAGAGAAAACGUUGGUCUAAGCGAUGUUUUAUGCGUGACAUCCAAAAAACGGCUGCGAGGGAGACUAGGUUAAGAGCCGUUGCGCCAUUUCUGUACUCUAUACUUCUUUUCGCGGAUACUUCUUGCGCUGGAUUAACUCACUUGCGGAAAAUUAACCUAAUGGGCAAGGACGUUCACUUGGCUUCAGAUCGAUAAGCUUCAGGAGUAGGUAGAAUGACGAUAUAAAUGUUUCUUUGAACCGACUAACCUUUUCUCAGACAUGAAGGUAGUCUGUUUCCUUAAGCAGAGAAACGAAGCGAAUAGACAUCAGGAUGCAGGGAAACGACCGGACACCCCUCAGUCUUGGGGGUGUACGUUAGCAAGAGACUUUACUGUAUUUGAGCUAUUAGAUAUAACAUUGCUAUAGUUCCAAACUAUAGCAAUGAUUUAUAGCGGCUAUUUGUUUCAAAACUCUGUCUAAUUAAUUUUUUGCGUUUUCAUUAUGGAGAGGAGAAAGGGUAUGUUACAUCUUUCAGAUUUUAAUCUAAAGUAGGCUGAAACAAAUAAUGGAUCAUUACAUUAUGAAGUUUGAUAAUACUGGGGUUUGAAGGCGGGGAAAUUAAUGGUUCAUUUUUCGUUCAGGAAACAAACCAAGACGAAAGCAGCAGGUCUAUGAACAGACAAACUUUUGGAGCUUUAGACAUGGGAGGUGCCUCCACGCAGAUCACCUUUGUUCCUACUACAACUGCGCCGAAUUCCGUGAAAUUAACAUUAUAUGGAAAAGAAUAUUCAGUAUACACUCACAGCUUCUUGUGUUAUGGUUUGAGGGAAGCACAGAGAAGGUUUUUAGCUCAACUUGUCAAGGUAAUGCUACGUGUAGGGUGUGACCUCAUCGAGACCAUGUUCACAAUUUUCACCAAAAAAAAGGAGGUGAUGACUGCGAUGUGACAGCGUUUUUCAUUCCUUGAAAAAAACAAGAGAAACUGCAGUGAAUUUUAAACAACCUCCUUGACACCGCAACAGAAGAGAAGAGAACAGUUACUGUUUGCGACAAAGGAGUGUCAGCAGUUUUGAAGUGUUCUUAAGGAGAGGUCCAACUUAAUGUGCAAUUAUUGUACGCUGAAAAUUAAAAAGAUCUGUUUCAGCCCCAAAGUGCCAAUUCAGCCCUGCAGUCCAAAGUCUGAUUCAGCCUCUCGUGCAGCCAUUCGAGCUCCAUUCAACAGCCCCGUCGAAAGCCUAUACCAGCCCAUGCUGGGACUCAUUUCAGCCCUUGGGUCCAAAUCAGCCCUAGGUAAUGGGACCGUAUUGGCCCCUUAUUAAGGGAGCCACGUCAUUAGAAUCAAAAAUAGGACUGUAUUUUACUCACUGAAACGGCCCUAUUUUUAGGGCUAAAACAGAUCUUUCUAAUUUACAGUGUAGGUUUGCUUUAAAAAAAAAAAAGAAUCGUUUUUUCUUUGUUGUCCUUUACAGACUAAACUGACUGACACACAUUUCUGGGUCUCUUGUAAAAUGCGGUGUAAAAAAAAGAAAACCUUAUUAUUGACCUCAGUCAAUCUCAUAAAAAUGUCUUCUCCCAGCUAGUCUGCUACUAAGUCUGCUACACAGCAGUUUUUAGUCUUGUCACGCAACGCUCCUCCCCACUAAGCGUUGCGUGACGACACUAAAAACGGCUGUGUAGCAGCUAGAUACUUAUACUUCUCCUUCUUUGGUGAUUAGCUCCCAAAACAGUGCCCUACAUAUAUAUUGUGUACAACCCUAGGUUCUUUGGCUGUGUCUUAUCGCUAACUAUUUUGUAUAAUCUCUCUAAGGAUGCAAAGUACACAGCAGUAGUUUACAAUCCUUGUGCUCCCAGGGGUUACCUGAAGAUUGUCAAUUCUAAAUACCUGUGGGGAUCCCCAUGCGUAAAAGGAACAGAAGCAAAUGACACUUUACACAACGUGACAGGGACUGGAAACUACUCUCUCUGCGCCACCGAAGUCAACAAACUGUUUAACUUUACAUCUUGUGCUGGCAACAAAUAUUGUUCCUUUGAUGGAGUUUAUCUGCCACCCACUGAUGGAGAUACAUUUUUGGUGAGUUCCUCUCCACGCGUUUUUUAACGAGCGCUGUUGCCCAACGAGAGGCCAUCAAACAAAGUACCUAGAAGAGACCUUUAGAUUCGAGGACUCGACGAGAAUGACUACGAGAACGAGACUGAUUUGACUGGAAGUUUUUUCGCGUAUUCUCAAAAAAUAGACACCCCGGAAAGCUUCAUUGUUAUGUUUUUAUUAUCCGGAAAAGUUAGCACUGUUAUCUUUAGUGAAGGAGGUUAAGCCCUCUCCCGAUCGCAAAAUGAUAAAACUUCUAACAUUUGGUAACUUGUUUCCGCCACUAUGACAUAGAAGAAUGGCAACAGCUAUCGCGUUUCCCGCCGGGCAAGCACUACUUGGUAUUGGAAUAUCUCAUACUCAGAGUCGUUCUCGUCUCAGAAUCUAAAUGUGUCGAAAAAGUCGUUGGCGACGGCAAGGAGAACGAGAAGCCUUUGUCUGUGAUGUGGUUAACAGCAGCUUCAGAUGGCUAAAUUAAAGUGAAAGGUUUUUUUUGAAAAUGAAAUGUGAAAAUUAAGACUGUGAAAUCCUCAUUAUAUUUUCGUUAAAACACCGUUCUUGGAAAAUUGUUACGAAUUUUCAAAACUAAGGUUAGACUUAGGGUUUAAGGUUAGGGUAAGGGUUGGUGUUAGUUCAGGCAGAUUUCCUUUGACCAUAACCAGCAAUUGCGGUUUACAGAGCCUUUUUAAAGGUCACGUGAACGUAAAUCUAAACAAAACAAGAAUACCCUGGUUGCACGCUUUCUCAAAGAGUGAAACAGUCCUAACUAACGCUAAUUUUUUUCAAAAAAGAAAUCGCUUUGAUUUAAGUCGCGUUGUUUAUUGUGAAGUAAUACUACCCUCAAUUUGUGUUAACUUAUGUCGCAUUAAUUUUAAAUACCUUAAUUGACAUGAGAGUUAAUUUUCUAUAGUCUAUAUAUUUAAUUUAGUUGUUAUGGUGUGUGUCUUUAGGCUUUUUCCGCUUACUAUGCCGUCGUUAAGGAUCUUAAUCUCACAAACAACCCGUCACUUGAUAAACUUCAGGCGAAGACAAUGAAUGUUUGUAGGAUGUCUUGGAGUGAGGUAACAAAUGCGCUCUUUAUUUUCUUCUUAUUUAUUUAUUCGAGUCAUUUUAUACACUCUGGCGAAGAACUUUGUGUGGUUUAGUAAAUUGCCCGUAUUAAUAUUCUUUUUGUCCCGAGCUCUAUGAUUUCCUGGCAGUUGAUUUUUCUCCCAAAAGUGAUCUUGUUUUCUUGCUAGGAUUGUUCCUUUAAUUCUUUAUCUUUUCUUCGUUUCACGUGGUCCUUUUUCUCUCCUAGACCAAACAGCCAGAUGACAUAGGUAACACUUAAAGUGUCCAUUAGAAAAAUCGUAAACGUAAUUGCAUAGUAAUUUAUUGUAAUUUAACAAAAUCCCAAUCUUUUAAUGGAGUGUCCUUUUUUUAGUGAACGUUACCAUAGUGAUAGCAAACGUAUGAAUCUUUUCUUUUGCAGAUUAAGGAAAUUCCUUCCCCAAGCCUUGAUAUUCUCUCCUUUUACUGUUUUGACGCACAGUAUAUCCUCACAAUUUUAUCAAGCGGUUAUCACUUAAACAACACUAAAGCAAACUUGACAUUUGUCGGUUCGGUGAGUAAAAUGAGCGUUUUUUUUUUUGUUUUUUUUUUUUGCGGGGGUGCCAGGUUGGGCUUCCUCCAUAAUACGGACAGCUCUCUUUUGGGGCCUGCUAAAUACAAAGCUUUAAAAACUCUCUUCCCCCUCCCUUUCUCGCCCGGCUACCCCUUCAACAUGGUUACAGAUUUUAACAAAUAAAAUUAUUUUUUAUUCUAGUCUUUUUUUUUUUUUAUUUUUACUUUUAUUAAUAAAAUUUUUUUUUUCUAUUUUUUCCACACUUUUUCCCUUUAACCCCCCCCUAUCUCUUUUUUCUUUUUUUUUUUUCGGUAAAUAAAUUGAGUUUUUUUUUUUUUUUUUUUUUUUUUGCGGAGGUGCCAGGUUGAGCUUCCUCCAUAAUACGGACAGCUCUCUUUUGCGGACUGCUAAAUACAAAGCUUUAAAAACUCUCUUAGCCCUACCUCUCUCGCGCGGCUACCGCUUCAACAUGGUUACCGUAUUUACUAGAAUAAGCGCCACCCCAAUGAAGCGCCGCCCACGAAUUUUGAGACAAAAAGUUAAUAAGCUCCGCCCCCGAAUAAGCGCAGUUGCCCUGAUAAAAUCAAAAUCAAAAGGCGUUGUUGGUUGAAUAGGGAAACUUGAAUGGAUGUGUUGAACGUUUUUUUACUUCUUUGGUUCGCGCUUUUACAUUCGCGGAUUCCUAACUAAAGCUCGCCUACCUGCAGACGUCUCCUAUUUCUUUUAUGGCACGCGUACAACGCCAUGGAAGGAAAUCUGGAUUCCGGAGUACGGCAAAUUUUUGCUUGUGGAGUCUGGGAUCUAAGAAUUUUUUUGCGGAAUCCUGGGCUUUGGAAUCCGGAAUACAAUUCAAGGAAUCCGGAAUCCCACUAACGCGUGGAAUCCGAAAUCCAGGCAAGUUCCACUGACAAGAAGAAUCCAGAAUUCAUGUCGUGGAAUCCACAAUCCAAGACUGGAUUCCCUUACAUUGGGCAAAAAUUAAGGCCUACUUUAUUGUCUUUGUUUUCAGAUAAAGAAACUUUCUGUUGGUUGGGCUCUUGGAUUCAUGAUCAACGCCACAAACCUUCUUCCCCUUUUACCGCCGACCUCCGUGUCUAUUUCUCGUAUCCAAAGUAGUGUUUACCUGGCUGUUGUGAUUGUGGGUGCUUUACUCAUCAGUGCAGGCCUGCUUAUUUGUAUAACGUCCGCUGGCAGAGUGCAUAAAAGACGACAGUUACAAGUAGGAGGACUAGUGCUAUGAACGCGCAAGAAUUUUGAGCUUUUUUUGGUCAAAAUUAACCCAUAGUACCUUUUGGAUGCUUUCCAUUUUGCCAAGAGAGUGAAACCAAACAGUCAAAAGCCAGUGGAAUUAUUAAGAGAAAGUUAAACAAAAUUAGGGCCAUUUAUACGAGGAAAAAUAAGACGCUACAUAAGACGCGUCUUAAAUAAGACGCGAACUUUCCGCAUAAACGGCACAUUUCGUCUAAAAUAAGACGCGGCUUAGCUAAGACGCGUCUUAUUAGAUAAGACAUGCUCGUAUAAAUGGUACAGUUCGCGAAUAAGACGCGUCUUAAAUAAGACGCGAACUUUCCGCAUAAACGGCACAUUUCGUCUAAAAUAAGACGCGGCUUAGCUAAGACGCGUCUUAUUAGAUAAGACAUGCUCGUAUAAAUGGUACAGUUCGCGUCUCAUUUAAGACGCGUCUUAUGUAAGACGCGUCUUCUUUUUCCUCGUAUAAAUGGCCCUAUUGUUCCCAAUCGAAUCCAAACGACCCAUUUGCGUUUCGACCGAAAUUUGAUUACUACUUGGC